UCCUCCUGCUUGUGCGGCCGCUGCGGGAGCGGGCGCAGCGAGCGGGUGAGGGGAAGCUGGGCGGGGGCCGCGGCCGGCAUGUGAGCCGGGGCUGCCCCCACCCCGGCCUCCUUUGGGCAGCGGCCGCCCCUCGCUUCAGGCGCGCCGCCUCCCUCCCGCCCGAGCGGCUUCUUCCUCGGCUGCCCCGCGCCCGUCCCGCGGGCCCGGCGGGCCUCCCUCGCCAUGAAGAAGUUUUCUCGGAUGCCCAAGCCCGACGGGAGCGGCGGGACAGCGGGUGUGGGCUCUGGCGGAGGCGGCGGUGGGGCGAGCGGCGUCGCCUUAGGCAAGGUGUUGGCCGUCGGGCGCUACCAGGUCACUCCAGAGGAGCUGCUGGCGGAAGGUGGCUUUUCAACUGUGUUUCUGGUACGUACCCACGGUGGGAUACGUUAUGCACUAAAACGAAUGUAUGUUAAUAGUGUGCCGGAUCUCAACAUCUGUAAGAGAGAAAUUACAAUUAUGAAAGAGUUGUCUGGGCACAAGAAUAUUGUGAGUUAUUUGGACUGUGCUGUUAACUCUGUAAGUGACAAUGUUUGGGAGGUGCUCAUUCUCAUGGAGUACUGUCGAGCUGGGCAAGUUGUGAAUCAGAUGAAUCAGCGUCUGCAGACAGGCUUUACUGAGUCAGAAGUAAUGAGAAUAUUUUGUGAUACCUGUGAAGCUGUUGCCCGGUUGCAUCAGUGCAAAACACCUGUAGUUCACCGGGAUUUAAAGGUGGAGAAUAUAUUGUUAAACGAUAGUGGCAACUAUGUCCUCUGUGACUUCGGCAGUGCCACUAACAAAUAUCUUAAUCCUCAAAAAGAUGGUGUUAAUGUGGUUGAAGAGGAAAUUAAAAAGUAUACAACACUGUCAUACAGAGCUCCUGAAAUGAUCAAUCUUUAUGGAGGAAAACCAAUUACUACCAAGGCAGAUAUCUGGGCACUUGGCUGCUUGCUUUAUAAACUUUGUUUCUUUUCACUUCCGUUUGGAGAAAGUCAAGUUGCUAUUUGUGAUGGAAGCUUUACUAUUCCAGACAAUUCCCGAUACUCUCAUAGUAUACACUGUUUAAUAAGAUAUAUGCUUGAACCAGAUCAAGAGCAGAGACCUGAUAUCUUUCAGGUAUCUUACUUUGCCUUUAAACUUGCCAAAAAGGAUUGUCCAGUGUCUAAUAUUAAUAAUUCUCCUGUCCCUUCAACUCUCCCUGAACCCAUGACAGCUAGUGAGGCAGCUGCUAGAAAAAGCCAAAUAAAAGCAAGAAUAACAGAUGCUGUUGGACCAACAGAAACCUCAAUUGCACCGCGACAAAGACCAAAGGCCAAUUCAAGCACUGUCACUUCUAGCGUGCUGGCCAUCCAGAGCUCAGCAACUCCAGUCAAAGGCCAAGUUCCUGGUGAAUUUGGUAAUUGUGGGCAAAAAGGAACAACAGGACCAGGGAACAGACAAAAAAUCCUGCAGUCCCAAGAGACCAACCAGCACCCCCUGCAGCAGAACAGAGUUCUCCAGCAGCUGCAGCAGGGUGACUGGAGGCUGCAGCAGCUGCACCAUCUGCAUCACCAGCACCAACCUAUGAUUCAGGAUGCUUAUAUUCAGCAGUAUCAACAAGCAAUGCACCAGCAGAUGGUCCAACAGCAGCUGUUGAUGCAGUCUGUGUACCAGCAGCAACCUUCCCAAUCUCAAUACCCUUCCAUGGUGCAGCAAUAUCAGCAGACUCUGCUACAGCAGCAGAUGUUUGUGCAGCAGCAGCGGUCGCAGCAGGCACAAUCUCCAGAAUGUAUCACUUCUCCUCAAGAUUUCUCACCAGCCUUAAUUUCCUACCCUGGGUCGCUGCCGGUGUGUGCUACAACAGUGGCAGAUUCUCCCUACCCUGUAAGCAGGUCACGUAUUCCUGAUGCUGAAUCAAUCACCAGUUACCCAAAGCAGAGCAUCAGUAACCCACCUGAUAUGUCAGGCUGGAAUCCGUUUGGAGAGGACAAUUUUUCCAAAUUGACAGAGGAGGAGCUGCUGGACAGAGAAUUUGACCUGCUAAGAUCAAGCAGGCAGCAGCUUGAACAGGACAGGACAGUAUCUUCAGAUAAGAAUGUGGAGCCACAUUCUGUUCCACAGAAAAAUCCUCCUGAAGAUCUCUUCGGUGCUGUUCCUUUCAUUUCUCACCCAGGUUCCCCUAGAAAACCAGCUGAUAACGUAGCUGGUAAUCAAGGAAAUAACUUAGGGAUGCCAACCAAGGCUGGAAAGCUGAGCCAUGCUUUUAGAGAUCCCCAGCCAGGGAGGAAGACUGCAGAGGGACAAGUGACAAAAGGUGGCAAUGAGUCAGAGAGUGAUUUUGAAUCUGAUCCUCCUUCUCCCAAGAGCAGUGAGGAAGAAGAACAGGAGGAUGAAGAAGUGUUGCAGGGAGAGAAUGGAGACUUCAAUGAUGACAAUGAUGCAGAACUGGAGAAUUUAGGCCACCGACCUCUCCUCAUGGACUCUGAGGAAGAGGUGGAGGAAGAGGAGGAAGAGAAGCAAAGUUCUGACUCUGAUUCUGAUCGUACUAAGCAAAAGUCUGUGGAAGGGCUCCCGAGUGGUAGGUUCAGAGAUGGUAUUGGCAGUGGUGAAAUCAAAGAACCCACUUCAAUGCAUAUGUCCUUGUCUGAGGUGCAAAGUACUAUAAUCCCAGUGAGCCCUGGCCAAGAAUUUGAUGUGUUUGGGGCAGUGCCCUUCUUCACUCUACAGCCCCAGGCAAGAGAGAUGGACAAAGAUGUCUCUUCUCAGGCAACUUUUCCCAGCCUGAGCCAAGAGCAGGAUGACUUCGAUGUUUUCACAAAAGCCCCCUUCAGCAAAAAGGUGUCUCGGCAAGAUGGCCAUGUGGGAGGAACCGAGCCUCUGCUCUCUCCCACCUCUCCGCGGAGCCUUGAUAUUUUUGGCUGCACCCCAUUUCAGCCUUCCCUUCUCCCCAAGACUGGUGGGAGUAGAGAGGACCUGUUUGGGCUGGUUCCUUUUGAUGAGAUCACAGGGAGUCAGCAGCAGAAGAUGAAACAGCAGCGUAACCUACAGAAACUUUCUUCCCGCCAAAGGCGAAUGAAACCAGAGGUGUCAAAGAACAAUGGGAAGCGGCACCAUGGCACCCCAACCACCACGAAGAAGGCUCUGAAACCCAGCUACCGUACCCCCGAGAGAGCCCGCAGGCACAAGAAAGCUGGCCGCAGGGACUCGCAGAGCAGCAAUGAAUUCCUGACCAUCUCAGACUCCAAAGAGAACAUUAGCGUUGCAUUGACUGAUGGCAAAGAUCGAGCCAACCCUCUGCAGGCAGAUGAAACUCUGCUGGAUCCUUUUGGAGCCAAACCCUUCCAUCCACCAGACUUGCUGCGGCAUCCCCAGCACCAAGGUUUUGGUGAUGGCUCUGGGGAUCAUGGAGCAGUGGUAGUGGCUGGCAGACCAAGGCAGAGCUCUUUGCACAGAGCCAUUCAUGGUGGUGAGGGGCUGAAAACAGAUGACUUUGGUGCAGUGCCCUUCACAGAACUGGUUGUGCAGAGUGCACAGAGCCAGCAGCAACAGGGACUCGAGUUAGAUCCCUUUGGAGCAGCUCCAUUUCCUUCCAAACAGUAAAUGCUUCCAAUGGGUUUCUCCCCUGCUCUGCUUCU